AUGCUAGGAAACGGCUGGCCCUCCCAGCAGGUGCAGGGUCCUUCUCAUCAGCCUCGUCUCAACGGUGGCCAAUCGACUGGUAACGGCACCAUUGCACCUUCAACGUCAGGGUCUUGGACGGCCGUGAAUGCCACCACAGAUCCCAGCACGAGCAUGCCGCCGCUGCCGUCGCCAAAAGCGGCGAUCCACCUACCUCUGCCGCAUCCGUCGGCGAAUCUCCAGCUACCAGCGCCAUUCAUCACUGCUGACAGCGAGACCAACACCAACUCUCACGGAGCUGUGAGUGAUGUGUCAGGGUCGGCAGAAGCGACCGCCAGCGCAGCGUUGAUGAUGUUGACGAACGAUUGGAGAGGUGCUGGCGCUACUGCUGCUGCGUCCGUCGAGCCGAGAGUGGGCACAAUGGUGACAGAGGCAAGGGAAUAG